GGACCAAGAGAGUAGGAUAUAAAUUUCUUAAUUGUUGAUGAAAUUAAGUAGUAGUGAACAAGUAGAGUUAUUACUUGGUGGUAGCAUAGCAUGCACCACAAACACAACCCAGAUCCAUUCUUCCACAAGCUCCCUCUAAAAGCAUUAUUAAAAAUGUAAAAAUUAGUUAGAGUUUGUACUACAUACAUAAUUACUUUGUUAAUUCCCCACAACUUCUCUAAGCUAUUCAUUCUUCGUCUUCACCCUAAGUUUCAGAUUCAAGCCCGUUUCUUCAAGGGAAGCUUCAGAUUCUCCUCAAAUUCUUCAAUUAAAGUUCAAAAUCACUUUCAGCUAUGCAUGAUGAUGACUCAACGUCCUUGUCAUCCAAUAUCGAUAUAGGUGGUUCUGGUGUUCGUAUGGAAGAGGCUGUAACUAAAAGGUAUCCUCCUCGUAGAGAAGUUGCAGCAGCGAUCAGAGAUUUUCCACGUAUAUUUGGACGCAAUGCUCCCCUUCUUACUACGGACGAGUGUUUAAGGGAGCCCUCUUCUGCGAUCAGAGAUUUUCCACAUUUAUGUGGACCCAAUGCUCCCCUUCUUACUACGGACGAGUGUUUAAGGGAGCUCUCUUCUUUGAAUAAAAAGAGAAUGGGUCAAACUGACGUAAAAGAAGUGGAUAAUAACGAGAGAAAGCUUGCUAACAUCGUUCAAGCUGACUCUGAAGGGAAUGCUACACAAAGAGUUAAGAAGAUGGAUGUAGUUGAACCAUCUUCUGAGAUGAGAUUGGCACUGGAUAACACAAGAGAAAAGAACACUCAACUUUCUGAAAAAUAUAAUCACCAUCAGGUUAACAUAAAUCCAAAGGUAGUGGUUAAAGAGGAAAACACAAACACUGUACAGCUUGAGGGAACAUCAGGCAGAAAAAUAGUGCUAGGUUUUAUUUCUAAAUCAGAAUGUCCUUGGAGAUCUGAUCUCAGUCCCCCCAAAUUUAAACCAGCAUUAAUAGGUGGCCCAGAUGAAAGGAAGGGAAAGAAAGUUGAUUAUUAUGCCCAACUAGACAGGUCUAAAACUGCUGUCAAGACAAAACAUGUACCUAAUCAUUCUGGGCACGUGCAGUUGAAAAAGAAUAAUGGAAAUGCUACUUCUGAUUGCAUGGGUGAAUUAGUAAGACGGGAGAAUAAUUCUCUAGACCCUAAACAUAAAAACUUUAAACGCGUCCCAAAAUCAUAUGGUGUUAAUGUUCCUCCUCUUGGUCGUAGUAAUUUCAGUGGUCAUCAGAAUGACUCAAUGGCCCGAAAUAAAGUGAAGAAUGCAUUGCGCCUGUUCCAAGUUGUUUCUAGAAAGCUUUUGCAGGAAGCGGAAGCAAAAGCAAAGUCAAACGAGAAAGAAAGAAGGAGGUUUGAUUUACAAGCUGCGAAAAUACUUAAGGAGAAAGGGUACUAUGUUAACGAAGGGGAUAAGAUCUUGGGAUCUGUCCCUGGGGUUGAAGUCGGUGAUGAAUUUCAAUAUAGAAUAGAGCUUAAUGUAAUUGGCCUUCAUCGCCAGAUUCAGGGUGGUAUAGAUUAUGUGAAGCAGAAAAAUAAAGUCCUUGCAACUAGUAUUGUUGCGUCAGGGGGCUAUUCUGAUGAAUUAGAUAAUACAGAUGUUUUGAUAUAUACAGGGCAGGGUGGAAAUGUGAUGUGCAGUGAUAAAGACCCAGAAGAUCAGAAGCUUGAAAGGGGCAACCUUGCUCUGAAGAACAGCAGCGAGGAAAAGAAUCCUGUUAGGGUGAUACGGGGUUCGGAAUCAAUGGAUGGGAAAAGCAAGAUAUAUGUUUAUGAUGGACUUUAUAUAGUUGAGUCAUGUUGGCAGGAAAUGGGGUCACAUGGGAAGCUGGUUUAUAAGUUUCGCUUGCGAAGAAUCCCAGGUCAACCAGCCUUGAAGGAACUAAAAAAAUCUAAAAGUAAAUUAAUUUGACUUUUUGUUAUUGUUGCCCAUAGGUUUCCUCCUCCGUAGGUAAUCGUAUUUGAGGAACUGUCGGACACUUCAUGUGGACACAUCUUCCAGUUGAAGUUUAAACUUUAGUUAAGAAGAUGAUAGAAUUAACAGUUAUUGUAGUAAAUUGAGGCGUAAAAUAUUUCAAAGGCAUUGACAGGUA